AUGAGGCUGUCAGUUAGAGGAGCUGCAGACAGAAUUGGAACCUCUGGCUUCAAGGUGGUCGGGUUUCUCCAGUAUUACCUCAACGAGCUGGGAGACCGGGUCUAUAUGCUGAAGAAGCUUGACCCUAUGGGACAACAGACCUGCUCGGCCCAUCCUGUUCGGUUCUCCCCAGAUAAAUAUUCUAGACACCAAAUCACCCUCAAGAGACACUUCAAGGUGCUCAUGACCCAGAAACCAUGCCCCAUCCUCUGA